UUUUGAUGAGAUCCUCAGAGCCUAUUGUGGAGAAGCUUCUGGAAAAUGAAGAGACUCAGAUCAACGGGUUUUGCAUCAUUGAAAGCUUUAAAGGUUUCACAAUGCAGCAAGCUUCUGGCAUCAAGCCCACAGAGCUGAAGAAAAUGGUGGACAUGCUGCAGGACUCUUUCCCUGCACGUUUCAAAGCAGUGCACUUUAUCCACCAGCCCUGGUACUUCACUACCACCUACAAUGUGGUCAAACCCCUGAUGAAGAGCAAACUGUUGGAAAGGGUGUUUGUCCACGGUGAUGAGCUGGAGAACUACUUCAAGGAGUUUGAUGCUGAAAUCCUACCUUCAGACUUCAAUGGGAAAGGUGCCAAAUACGACGGCAAGGCCACAGCAGCACAACUUUUUGACUAAGCACUUUUUAUCUGUUGCCGCACAUGAAAGCGACUGUGUGUUAUUUUAGUUGUAUUGUAUUACAGAAUGAUUGAACA